ACAACCAAUAGCUUAUUUCCUUACUGGGACGCGAGCAACACGUUCCAGUUGGCGGACACUAUUUUGUUGUUUACAGAUCAUUAUUCGCCUCCAUAAUUCGUCUACGCCGCAGCUUGUGUUACUUGUUACUUUUACAGAUUUUUUUUUGUUGAUGGCUAACGAGCGCCUCAAAGCUCUGGAGGAGGUCGAGAAAGAGAUAGCGAUGGUGCUGCAGUGUGCUGGUAACAUAAUGGUCGAACUUUCGAAAGACAAACACAACGCCAGCCUGCUGGACAGACAGCUGGUCCAGUUCCAGAGCUCCAUCAGCAGAGUGGAGAACGAACUGAGCGGCCAAAUCCGCUACCUUACACAGGUGGCUACAGGCCAACCUCAUGAAGGCUCUACAUACUCUUCCAGGAAAGACUGUCAGAUGGCACUCAACAGGGCAGAGUACGCCAAGGUCAAACUGGGAGAAAUGGGCCGCACCUGCGAAGUCAUGCUGGAGCAGCAGCAUAACUCUUAAAUGUGCACUUUUUGAACUGAUCUCACUUUUUUCAUAUUUGUGUGCUACACAUUUAUUUGUACAAACUUUUGAUUACAACAUUCAUUUGAAGAAAAUAA